GGUCUGAAAACACGUGUUUGUUUCAGAACUCAAGAAAAGGAAGUAGAUAGCACAAGCCCCAGGUCAUGCCUCUGUCAGGGGGAAUACGUUUGUGUGUGAGAUCUUAUGGUGCAACCAUGACAAGAGCAGCACUGACUAAACUCCUCAUCCUCGUGAUCCUCGCCUUCAUCAUCUGCCUCCCAGAUUUCUUCACAUUGUACAGAGUAUCAAAAGUGAACUUCCUCUGCCUGCCCUACCGACGCUGUGAGGGAGGGUAUCGGGUGAAGAAGGGGGGAAAAGCAAAGAUUGGGGAUGCUGAAAUUACAAAAAAAGAUGUGUGUGACCCCUCACAGACUCCAGAAGGUGACGGGUUCGGGCAAGACUGCACACAAGAGCAUCAGAGCAACACGACAGAUCCUGAGUCCAGGAGCGCCUCCAGAGACCCAGAACAGAGCUGGUUCAUGUGUGAAACAGAUGUUGACGUUUCACAAUUACACAGACAUAGCUCAUCUUCAGCUCUAAAAAUACAUUUGGUGGUGUCAGUGGAGCUUCAAUUAGGGGAUGCAGAGACCCUGAAUCUCACCUUAUAUGGCCACACUAAUCACAGCUCCCUACACCUCUAUCCACCUGAGGAGGAGGACAAGGAAGAGGAGGAUAAAGAAGGACAGAGGAAGGCAUUUUACUGCUGUCUCCCUACCCUGCCCAUCUCGGAGUCAGCCAAUCAAAGCCACUGUCUCCUUUGGCUCGCCAAUCAAACAGUUUUGAAUGCAACAGCAAAGGAAAAGUUGCCAUGGAAACGGACAGAGAAAGAUGAGUGGCAGUGCGUGUUCAGGGCAUUCUGUCUGGCUCUGCUCGGUGUGGUGGUGCUCACUAUCGUCAUAACUGUGCUCGGACACAUCUACUGGAGGAGGAACUCCUGCAAAAAGCCCAUGGUGCAUCCUGUCGUUUAUGAUGUCACUGGGGAUCACUGCCAGGGGUUAAAAGAUGGUGAGAUACACACAGAAAUCUUCAUUCCCAAAGGACUUUCACCCAUUCCAGAAGUUGACACACAGGAUAAUGAUGAGAUAGAAACUCUGCUGGAUGGCAAUACUGACCACUGCUAUACAGAUUGACAGCUACGGCGGUGAGACGAUCUCCCUAGAAGCUCUGUGAAGCAAAUCUUCAUCAUCGCAACCAUCCCUUCAUGUCUUCAUUAUCAGAGGAGCAGACCUGAUGACAGAGGAGCAGCCAGAAGAGCUUAUUCUCAAUAAGCCUUUGCAACGUUGCUCUUUUUGGCCUUUUGUGUGUUGGACAAAAAUUAAAAAGGACAGCUUUAAUUACCAGCCACCUUAAUGGUAACAAUAAAAACAUCUGAGACACAUGAA